AAUACACAACUCGACGAGUUGACAAACAUGGGUUUGCGUCCCCCGGCCGGGGGACGCUCGACCACUUUCUCUGAGACACCCGAAAAGCCCGAAUUUCUGGGACAAGUACUCUAAAUGCAUAACAGACUAUUGAUAUCAACCGCUAAAGCCAUGCGCCAAGUGACAGCAGUGACCGGGGGGGUUCAUUGCUGCCUCGGUCGACACAGCCCGCUGCUCAGGUGCAUUCCUAUGCUCAGGAAGCAUACACUACAUGCAACUACAUUACUAAAGUAAGUUUACAGCUCAGGAAGCGCGGCGGUCGGAGCUCGGCCGUCAGCGACUGCCGGAGGGUUACUGGGGGGCACGCUUGGGGGUUCAGGGGCUCGGCAGGGGCGAGGCCGCCCCAAUGAUCCCACAGGCCUCGCCCCAGACUUCUCGCCCCUAUGUUCCCACAUAACAAACACUACAUUUGGGAGCUCUUACAUGGCCUUCUGGGCUGAGGCCGCCGGCACCGCGCCGCCGGGCGCGCAACGCCUUGCAGACAUUGCUGCCCGGAACGGGCACACGCCGGUGCUCCGCCUGCUGUGCCGGCGGUUCGGACCAGCCGUGCUCACGCUAAAUUACCAAGCCUGGUCUGCGGCGUACUCGGGCCAUCUCGAGGCGCUGCGGUACCUGGCCGAAGCAGUUGGCGGGGAGGCGACAGAGGGCGACGAGGAGGGCCAGGCGGGUGACCGCGGCGGCCGUGGCGGUGGCGCGAGCGCUGGUGGCGCUGGCGCUGGCGCUGCUGGGAGUCGUGUGGCAAGCGGGUCAGAAUGGGCGAGCGUUCUUAGGGCCGCGGGCUACUACGGCGCAGACUUGUCGCUGGCGCGGCUGAUGUAUGCGCGGUGCGGACGGGAUACGGAUAUACUCUUCGCCGCCGCGACGGCGGGCGGCAGUGUCGAGACCGCGGAGUGGGCCAUGGAGGCGCAGCGUGCAGCAAAUAAGGACUGCCGCCACCCCCUGCUGCACCCGGCCGAGCUGUGGGUGAUGGCGGCAGGCGGCAACCUGGCCACCACCACCUGGGCCCUGGAGCUAGGGCUGGUGGGACCCCUGGAGCUAGAGGGGUACGACAGCGACACCCGCGACAGCAAAGGCGGCAGCGGCAGUGACGGUGGCGGGCUGCUGCCGCUGCUGGGGACCGGCUAUAAACUGGAGCUGCGCAUUGAACUCAACAUGCACAGCCUGAGGGUGUGGGUGUGGCGGCUGGUGCAGCAGGAGCGAGCCGCGCUGCAGCCGGGCGCGGCGGGUGCGGAGGAGGAGGGGUCCGCCGUGGCAGGCAGCGCGGACGGCUGCGAGCAGGGAUCCACGCAGCAGCACGAGCACGGGACCUAACCGACUACCCGUGACACA